UUAGUAUUAUUGUCAAUUUGAAACGUAUGAAACAAUUUACAAAGUUGUAAAUGAUUACUAUUACAACACCACCCAAAAAGUCAGAAGGCUUCUUCCAAACCUCCCUUCUCCUUCUUCCUUCCCCCAAAUUUGAGGAUUUGAGGAUGAAUUAACAUUCAAUUUUUUAAUUUUUUGAGAGAAAAUAAAUUGGGGCUGAUUCAAUCUUUCCCAGAAAAUUGAAUCCCAGAAUCACUCGCUAGGUAAAUAAAAUUCAUCUCUUUUUCAUUCGAAUUCAUAUUGAAUUAUUAUUAUUUUUUUUUGUUUUUGAAUUUUGACAUUGGCAAGCUCAAAUUAAGAAUUUCAAGAUUAAAGGGUAUUCAAACAUUGAAUUUGUUGUUAGGUUUAGUGGGUAUAAUUUCAUAUGGGUGUUUUGAUCUUGUAUACUGGUAUCUGCUAAGUCAAUGAGUUCAAUUGUUUCAAAUUCUGAAGGGUUUGUUCCAUCAUCAUUUUUUGAUUCAUCGAAUUCUGGAACUUCUGACCCUUUUCGUCGUUCCGAAACUGGUAACAAUGAUAUUGCUGAUGACAAUAAUGAUAAUGUUGAAUUGUUGAGUGUGUCUUGGAACCAGGACUAUACCUGUUUUGCUGUAGGUACUAGUCGUGGUUUCAGGAUUUAUAAUUGUGAUCCAUUCAAGGAAACAUUUAGGCGUGAUCUUAAGAAUGGAGGGUUCGGAAUCGUUGAGAUGCUCUUUCGUUGUAAUAUAUUGGCAUUGGUUGGUGGUGGGAUGGAGUCUCAGUAUUCUCCUAAUAAAGUUAUGAUAUGGGAUGAUCAUCAAAGUAGGUGCAUUGGUGAGUUUUCGUUUAGGUCAGAAGUUCGUGGUGUGAGGUUGAGGAGGGACCGUAUUGUUGUCGUGUUGGAGCAUAAGGUGUAUGUUUAUAACUUCUUGGACUUGAAGUUGCUUCAUCAGAUUGAGACUUUGGCGAAUCCUAGAGGGUUGUGUUGCUUGUCACACCAUGUAAAUACAUUUGUCCUGGCUUGCCCUGGUCGUCGUAGAGGGCAGGUUAGGGUUGAACAUUUUGGACUUCAUGUGACGAAGACUAUAAAUGCCCAUGAAUCUCGCCUGGCAUGCUUUGCAUUGACGUCGGAUGGACUCAUUCUUGCUACAGCUAGUACGAAGGGAACACUUGUACGGAUUUUCAAUACCAUGGAUGGUACUUGUUUGCAAGAGGUUCGUAGAGGGACUGAAAAGGCUGAUAUAUACGAUCUUGCCUUCUCUCAAAACAUUCAAUGGUUGGCUGUAUCAAGUGAUAGAGGCACUAUCCAUAUAUUCAGUCUUAGAGUCCGCGUAUUUGGUAAUGUUGAAUCAGCUCGGCCUUAUUCUACUUCCGAAUUGCAGCAUCAGAAUUCUUCAUCUUCUCUUGAUUCCCUCAUUGCUCAGAAUGUCAAUGCCGGUGCUAAUCCGAGUUUAUCUCUUCCUUUUGUGAAAGGAGUACUACCAAAAUAUUUUAGUUCUGAAUGGUCAUUUGCGCGUUUUCAUUUACCUGAGAAUGCCCGAUGCAUUGUUGCAUUUGGAUCCCACAACACUGUCAUUGUGGUUGGCUUGGAUGGAAGUUUUCAUAGGUGCAGUUUUGAUCCCAACAAUGGAGGGGAGAUGUCUCAGCUGGAAUAUGUUCGCUUUCUCAAAACUGAUGGUAGCCCGAGUUAGUCCAACUAUAUGCAAAAUAUCCGUGGCUGUUGAAAGUCUCCAGUUGUCCAUGUUAACUGUCGUGUGUAGAUAUUGCUACAAAUAUUGUUUGAUGUUUAAAGUUGGAACAUAAAACUCUUUACUAAAGCUGUAUAUAUGUAUGUAUGUUCCAUUACAAUCUAUUGUUUGGUUAAGUUCGGCUAAUAUGUAGAGAUGCCGACUGCUGUUGUUACUUGUGAAUACAUAGCGUCAUAUCUGCAUUGCGCUUACUGAUUCAGAUUUGCCCUUUUAGACAAUAAGACUAAUCUUAACUUUGGUUGAACAUU